AUGGGCAUGAAGAAAGACUUCUCCUUCAGUGACCAUGCACAAAACUUCUAUUCUUUAAAGGACAGACAGACAGGAAGGCAGGAUAUUGAGCUGACCUGGAAAGGACACAGUGCAUCAUACUUCCCCCAAAGAGCUAGACACAGCUACAGGUAUUCAGCAGUCACCAACACGUUCCUGCAGGGGAGUAUUUAUAAAAGCAGUGGCAUCUCUUUGGAGAGCACGGUGAUCAUUGAAGUAUUGGGGAACUGCCAGAUGGUUUUGAAAGUGCAAGAUGUACAGAUCAAGAAAAGUCUUGCAUCCAGAGAAGAGUCUCUGAAGGAAAUGGACAGUCUAAGGGAAGUACUAGAACAGCAUCCUCUUCACUUUUCUUUCCAUGAUGGGAAAGUUCUGAAGCUCUGUCCUGUAAGGAGUGAACAGACUUGGGCACUGAACAUAAAGCGAGGCAUUCUCAGUGUCCUGCAGACGUCACAAACAUCCACUGCUCGUGCUGUUGUUGAAGAGAUGGAUGUGCUGGGAAUAUGCCCAACCAGGUAUCAGCGAAAGGGUCCUGUUCUUGUCAAAACAAGGGACUUAAACCUCUGCUCUCAUCGAUAUUCUAGUUUUACUUCUGUGCAGUCUGUUGCUCUUCCUUGUAUGUCGUCCGAGCAGCAGAUCCUGUCUUCUAAACUGGAAUGUGUUCAGAGAGUUAAGGAUGGAGUCCUGGCAGAAGCCAAAUGUACUGAAUCCCAUCUCGUUGCACCAUUCUCUCAGAAAGGUGGCAGGGCAAAGACAGAGACUCAGUCUUCGUUGAAACUCUUUCAAGUGGAAGCAGAGACACUGUACAAAAAAGUGGACUCCAAGGAUCUGUAUAUGACCAGCAUGCUCUAUGAAAGGGAACAAACCAAGAAGGAGGUCACUGGGAAGGAAGUGACCGACCUAUUGUGGAAGCUUUGCCUAGCACAUAGUACGAGUUUUGAGGCUGCGGACCUUUUCAUGACUCUCGUGUUUGAGCUUCGACAUCUUUCUCUUGAAGCCUUAAAAACACUAUGGCAAAGAUCUUCGUUUAAGUGCAGAGACAACUGGCAGCCCUUAAUAGAUGCUCUCCCAUCUUGUGCUACAGAAGCAUGUGUUAUCCUAAUGAAAGAAAUUAUAGCUUCCAGAGAAGUUGAGGAAGACAAAAUGGACUAUUUCUUCUGGUCAUUUUCAUUCAUUCCUAAGCCCACCGUGGGCAUGAUUGAAUCUCUUGCUCCUUUGCUGAAGUCAUCAGGAGCAAGCCAGAGCUGCUUCUUAGGAGUAACUGCUCUCUUACAUAGGUUUUGUUCAGCUCACAGCUCCUGUGAUGGUGUGCCUGCUGUGCAGAGUGUGAUGAGGACACUUGGAGAAUUUUUGGGAGGAAACUGUACCGUGCAAGAUUCAGAAGGUUUGAGCCAGAUGCAACUGGUUCUAAAAGCCAUUGGAAAUGCAGGACUGGCAGCAGCUUCGCUUGCUCCUGUUUUGAGCCUGUGUGCUUCCCUCCAAAGUAAUCCAACUGAAAUUCGUCUAGCUGCUAUCCAGGCAUUCAGACGCAUUCCCUGCUCUGUCAGGAAUGCUGUAUUACUUGAGCUGUAUCAAGCAACUAGUGAAAAUGUGGAAAUAAGGAUUGCUUCUUACUAUAUGGCAAUGAAAUGUCCAAAUGAAGAGUUGCUUAAACAAGUACAAAAGAGUUUGCUAAAAGAAACUUCCAGUCAAGUGGGCUCCUUUGUUUGGAGUCAUCUCUCUCAGCUCCUGGAGACAGAUGAUCCACUGAAGGAACACCUUCGAGAUUCUAUUCCCGAUGAUAUCCUUAGCAGAGAUUUUGACUGGGAGACAUGGAAAUACUCCUCAUAUUCAGAUGUCACAUUCCAAUCAGCUGGUGCAGGUGCAAAUAUGGAAGCAUCAGUGGUCUUUUCUCCUGAAUCUUUUGUACCACGAUCAGUCAUGACAAAUUUGACUGUUCACCUUAUGGGGCAGGCUAUAAAUCUACUGGAGGUUGGUGUACGGUUAGAGAAUGCUGAAGCUGUCAUGCAGAAGAUUUUGGGGCAGAAGUUUGAUACUUUUGGUGACAAUUUUUUUGCAAACAGCAAUGAAAGAAACCACAAGUCAGGACGCCCCGUGCAAACAACAGGAAAAGUCAAGCAGAGGAAGCUGACUUUUAAGCAAUAUAGCCCUGCUGAUCAUCUCGUAACUACGGCUAGCAAGCCAAAGUCGAGAAAAGCUAACCAGAAUUGUCCACGUCAAAAGUAUAGCAAGAUGAGUGAGUUAAUGAAGAAGUUCACUGAGAGAAAGGUGAGAAAGGAGGAGAUGAAAUGUGAGCUAAGCAUGAAAAUCUUUGGAAAUGAAGUUAGCUUUUUGGAUUGUGAAGAUUUAAGAAAGCAAAUGAAACAUUAUUCUUUAAAUCUGGCUGAGCUUGCUGUCAAACUUCUGAAGGGGCAAGAGAUCCAGCUUAAUAAAAGGCUUAGUUUGGCCACGGAAGAAUUGCAGUUUCCAGUAAUUUCAGGCUUUCCUGUUCAACUGGCAAUCAAUGCCUCAGCAGCAAUCAAUGUUAAAAUGAAAGGCAAUGCAGAGUUCAAAGAACAGUCAAAUUUCUUUGUAAAUGGCUAUAUCAAGCCAAGUGCAUUUAUCCAGAUUUCUGUUCAAAUGGGAACUAUGGGGACUGUUGGACAAGCUGGCCUAAGCUGGUUAACAGGAAUAAGGACAUCUACUAGUCUUGAUGGGGGAAUCCAGGUUAAAAAAGGGCAAGAACUCAAAAUUGUUUUGAACACCCCAGAAGAAUCUAUGGAGAUAAUUAAUUUCAGCUCUAAACUCUUCUUCAUAAUGGUGGGUGAGACUGAACGUGUUGAUAUUUUCCAAGACCACACAGAAAGCAGAUCUUGUACUGGGAAGGAAGUGUCUGAGUUUACUGGUUGGCAGCUGUGUUCUGAAAUGUCAUAUCCUGACCCAGCUAGUGCUUUGUUUUAUCCUCUUGCUGGACCUUCAAGAGUGGCUGUCACAUUAACUAAGCAAGACAGAGGCCUACAGCAGUACGUUGUGGAAGCUGCAUAUAACUAUGUUCCUCAGGAGGAUUCAUGGAUCCCAAGCGAAGCUGUCCUUCACUUCUUCAUUGGGACUCCAAAGUCAGAAUUGAAAAGGGAUGUUGGUGUUGACCUAAACUUUAAUGUCCCGCAGAAGAAAUUUAGAAUCCAAUUCAUACAACCAAAGAAAAAAAUUGAGAUCGAUGGGAAAAUUGAUUCUUCUAAAUAUUCACGAAUUGGAUACCUGGAGUUGAUAGUAGAUGACCAAGAUGUAUAUUACAUUAAGGGUAUGACAGAUUUGCAAAUACUGAAUGGAGAGCAGAGAUACAUGACCCAAGUGGAGUUAAAGCUGAUAAAGCAAAGCAGUCCUAUCAUUCUGUCAGGAAACAUCACUAAACAACUUGGCAAGAAGAUAGCUUUUUCAGUAUCCCUGAAUAAUUUGUUGAAGGAUGCUGCAUUUCUAUCAGCAUUUCUGGAGAAAAAGUUUGAUGAUAAGCUGAGGCAAUACUCAUUGGAAGGGAAGACAUACCUUCCAGGUGUUCUUGGAGUUCACGUCACUGGUCUUCUCCAGCAACGUGACGGCUUGUGGUCUCAUGAUCUGAGGAUAAAAUACGGACUUCUAGGAGAGGCAAAAACCCUUCAUCACGAAUGCAGUACGGGGCAAAAAGUUGAAGAGAAGACAGGUGCACAUGACUUGUACAAACUUGAUGUUGGCCAUGAAUUUCAUUGUAUGCAGACUCCAACCUAUAAUCACAAGAUGGAAGUGAACUAUGGGAAACACUGGAACAAAAUAAACAAUAAGAAGAAACUACUGAUCAGCCAAACAUUAAAGAAUAGUUCCAGUUUUUCACUAGUCAACUAUUUCAUGGAGUUUACUGUGCAAGUUGUGGAAAAGCAGAUGAAUUACAGAACCCAGCUGCAGCACUCGCACAGCUCUCAGGGUUAUUUGCAGAGCAGCACCAACUUUAAGGUGCAGUAUAAUGACCGCAUGCCAUUUUUGGCUGGACUGCAAUGGAAAGAUGUAUCCAGAAAUGGCCUGAAGAAGUGGGAAGGAGAAUUAAGUAUGGACACCCCAUGGCUAUAUCUGCAUGCAGCUCACAAAAUACAUCAGCCUCAGCAUUCUGCUUAUUUAUUGACUAUGGAACUGACAACUGGCAAAGUUCUCUCCAUUAAGAAUCUUGUAGUGGAACUAUUCUGUAAAGAUCAAGGCAAUGAAAAGGAGGGGAAAUUUCACAUUUACACACCAGCAACCACAUACCUGCAGGCCUCCACAUUUAAUCAUCUUGAGAGAAACGUUCUGCACAGCUAUACUGAAAUGGUAUCUUCGUGGAAUCAGCCUGUGAAGAAUGAGAUUCAUUUGGAGAAUAAUGAACAAGACAAAUUUCUUUGCUUUAAGAUAAAGAGCACAAAACAGGACUUUAACUUCACAGCCAGCUAUCAGAAUCUGCCAAUGCCUAUGAAAACAAACUUCUCUGUGAAGGCUGUAUGGACAGAUUAUAAUAGUCUGCCUAAAAUUCUUCAGUUUGAAAGUCAGAUAGAAGAGCUGAAGAAGGAGAAGAUGCUCUAUCAAAAACGUGGAACCGUUUAUUUCAGGCAUCCUUUUAAACUGCCGAUUUUGCAGACCUUUCUUCUGCAGGAGACAUUUACUGUUGACAAACAGCAAAAGCACUACUUCUUGGAAACAAAAGUUCUGAUAAAUGGGCUGGAGGAAUCAAUUCAAACUCUUAUACUUGGCUACCAACCUGAAACCCCCUAUAUUUGUGCUGGCUUAGCUCAUCCUUAUAACUACAGUUUGUUCCCCAGAGAUGUUGAAAUAUGCAUUUUAACUCGAAGUCACCAACCUGUGAAGCAUGAGGUUGAGACUACCUUGAAAGUCAACAAGCAAGAUGUUCUCAGCUUUCUGGGAAGAUACCAGGACAAAUCCAGUGAUGUAGACUUCAGACAUCUUUUACACGUGAAUAUGAGGCACUCAUUCCAGCUUGAAUAUCCACAAGCAAUGGGCCUAAGUGGGGAGCUAUUUUCUAGGCAGACCAAACCAGAACACUUCGAUUACAGCGUGAACGUAAAAGCCAUCAUCAACAAAACCGUGUCUUCACAGGCCCAAGCAGCACUGAAGAGUUAUGAUGAAAACAAGCUCAAUGGCUCUCUUUAUCUUCAUUCUAAUGAAAGGGAUGUGCUGGUGCUGGAAGUUGAUAUGAACAAAGAAAAUAGGAAGAACGCUAGAGGUGUUGAACUGAGGGCUUUCCUCCACCAGGCAAUCCUUACAAACCCUGAAUCAAUACAGCUCCAGCUCAUGUGCAAAACGUUUCCAUCGAGAUUUCUGAUAUCUUCUGUGAUAAAAUUUAAUGAGAAUGGGCUUCAUGUGGAUUUCAUGGGAGCCAGACAGCAGAAAGUUGGUUUUGUCUUGUCCCUAAAUGGAAGAGUCCAACACACAUUUUCUGGAUUCAAGACUAUACCUCAUCUCCUUUCUCUGAAUGGAUUACUAAAGCACAAAAACAACAUUCACAAUGGUAACAUCAAUUUGAUGAUCAACAAUGCACUGUAUGGAUUCCAUCUCAGGAGCAGAAAUGUGUUUGGGAAUACCACCAUACGCAAUAUCACUUUCACUAUGUUUCAGAAUGGCAGUCAGGCAAUCCCAGUAGAAGCAAUACUGAAAGGACAACUGGAGCUGAGUAAAGAGAUGAUAAGAAGUCUAGUUAGCUUCCACAUGGAUGAGAAGGCCCUUUUUGUAGAUUUUUCCAAAGUCAUGAGUCACAGACACAAUAGAGUCACUGGGACUUUCACACAUAAUAUCAGCUCUUUAAAAAACGCAGGAUUGCCCUCGGAUGGCAUUCUCACCAUGAUAUAUGAGCACGGAACAGGAAAUCACACCAUUACUGUAGUCCUACAGAGUGGCAGUGAAAGAAUUUCUGCUGUGUUUGGAGGUCACAGACUGUCCACAGAACCUCCUAAAUCCCAUCUGUCUGUGAGCUUAAAGCACAACGUCACAAAGAUAAAAAAACAUGGGAUCCCUUUUAUUGUGGAAGCUGCUGGCUAUUAUGAGAAUUUCACCACAAAGAUUGCUGCAGGGCUAACAACCACCAUAGAGACAGAACAGCUCAAAAUUGAAAUAGAGAUGAAAACCACUGGCAGUGCCAUGGAAAUUUCUCUUUCACUUCACCACGAUGUGGGAGGACUGAUUAACAUCAUUCCAUGUGUACUACAGGUUACUUGCAGUGGAGAAUUUAACAAACAGGUUUGUGGCCUUUGCAAUGGAGAGAUUGCAUUUCAUCAUUUUGAGAAUCCAGCAAGGGUUUCCCUGAAUGGAUCGAUGAUUACCAGUGACUUUACUGUCAUCAUCUUUGGACGCAUUUCCUUUAACGACAUGUUUGCCUGCCUGCAACUUCAUGCCACCACUAACAUCCAGCCACAUUUGGAAAUUGACUUCCAGCAUUCGUUGCCUCAUCUUCAAUCUCUGGGUAUUUCCAAAGAGAAUCAAGUGAAAGUGUCAGCUAUCAGAAGUGACAAAUAUAAGGGAAUUAUUGAUGUCAUCCUCGGGCCUUGCAGUUUCAAAGCUGAUGGAGAAGUGAGCCUGACAAGCAAUGAAACAGAAACAGCAUGGGUACUUACUUUUACAAACAAGUGUGUCAGCCUAGAGAGAGUGGGACUGCCGCAUGCUGUAGCCUUUGGGGGCUCAUUUCAACAGAACACCUGCAAUAUUGGCUUGUUGAUGAACCUCCAGUGUGAUGGCAAAACAGUUGAUGUGCAGAUGGAUACUUCCUGCGAAAACAAAUAUGCCUUCCAAGGGAUGCUCAGGCAUUCAGUUCCCUGGAUGAGUCAACUUGGGCUGCCUUUUGAAAACUCUGUCCUGUUCUCUGCUUCCACAGACUCCACCACUGAGGGCAUUUUGUUGCUGCAGGCUGGCAAAUGCAAACUUAAGGCUAGAGGUGAUCUCUGUAUUCAGAAUAAAGCUGAAUGGACACUGGAAACAGAAACAGAAUGUCAGCUUCUGCAGGAUCUUAGUAUUCCAACUCAGUCACGGCUUGCAGGAUCUGUUCAGAAAGACAAGUGCCAAGCAGAACUUCUCUGUGUCCUUGAGACAGAAGGCAAGACUGCCCAUCUUGAAGUAAGAGCAGAGUGCAGACCAAAGAUCACACUGGAAAUUCAAUUCAGGCAUGAUCUCCCUCAACUGAAGGAUGUCCCAAGGGAAAAUAAGCUGUCCAUAACUUCACGAAAACAGUUAAACUAUCAGAUCAGCUUGGGAGUGAAAUCAGGUUCUUGUGAGCUUCAAAUGAAUGGGGACUUCCACCCUGAAAAGAAGCUUCAGUGGAAAAUGUCUAUAGAAAAUAAAUGCAAAACAAUUCAGGAUCUUGGAGCACCAGUAAAAAUUGAUGGUUCAGGCUAUGUUUUAAUGGAUAAAAUGAACCUAGAUUCACAGACAUUCAUCAUUGUUGAUGAAAGUAAAUUACAAGGACUCCUUAUACUAAACAUCACUGAUGAAAGACAAGAGCUGGAUGUUGUGCUAACCCAUAACAUUCAAGAAGCUGCUGACAUUGGAAUUCCUAUGAAGAUGUUAGUUGAUGUAAUAUCAGAAAAAAAUAGUGACUUCUAUAGAAGACUGACUUACUUCUGUGUGAACAACAAGCAAAUUAGAGAAGAACUGAGCCUUGUCCAGAAGUUGGGUGUUGUGUCUCUGAACUACAAACUUACUCAUAACAUAGAAGCACUGAAGGCUUUGCAGAUAGAAGACAGGAUUGAGUUGCAGGCUAUUUUGAACCUGAAAGUGAUCAAGAGCUUGAGUAUUAAAGUGCAUUAUGGUGCUCACUUGACGGUUCUUGAAGGGCAUAUCCAGGAGUCUGAAACAAGUACCAAUGUAACAGGGAAUUUCGAGCAUACUUGGCCAUGGUUGAUACAAGCCAGAAUCCCAACAUCUAUACAGGUAGAUGUGUUUUUUCAAGGAAUAAAUGCUACUCAAGAAAGAUAUAUGCAUAUUGCAGCUGGAGAAACAUCAAUCACAUACAUAAUAAACUCUUAUUAUGUUGGUCACCAAAUGGAUAUCUUUUGCCAGAGUGUUCAUAAUAAUGAGGUGCUACAGGCAUCUGGCUACCCUAUGGCAAUCAGUUUGAUUCUCGGUUUACAGAAAUCAGAAAACAAAACCAGGACUAUCUGUGAAGUCCAAUAUGAUGACAAAGAUAUAACCGUGAAUAUGGAUGUUGAUACCAGCUUUGAGCUCUAUGGUUUAUUUGAAUUCAUGGCAGAGGUGAAGCAUUCAAUAUCACUUCUCCAUCAUCUGGGACUCCCCUUCUUCCUUCAGAUGACAGUUAAAGAAGUCCUGACUGAAAAUGAAUUUGAAGGAGCUCUGAAGCUGACCUAUGAACAAAACAGAAACUUCACCUUUACCAUUAGUAGGAAAAAUGACCAGCAAGGGGUAAAUUCUGACAUGAGUGAAGCAAAAGGCAAACUCUACCUCAGUAUGGAAAAGAGGGAUUUCAAUGCUACAGCUAAGCUAACUUUCACUGGAACCAGCUACACUAAUGUCAUUGAAAUAAUACAGACAAUGUCCCAGUUAAAAAAUCUUCCAGUGCAGCUUGUGUUCAUGACGGUUUACCAAAAAGGCAAUAGAACACGUAUGCUGAGGCAAAUUGCUCUGUGGGAUGGCAAAGAGGUAAAGAUAACAGGCAUUUACACUGGACUCUUUCCAAAGUUGCAUGGAGGUCACGACAUUCAGGUGGAGCUUUUCCAUCCUCUCUCCAUUACCUUCCCGUGGCAUGUGAGGGUGAAGUUGUAUAUGAAGCAUUCAACACGCAGUCACUGGGAUGACCUGACUGUCAUUUGGAAGGAGAAGGACCAGGUAUCAGUGUCAUCUUCUCUGAAGUUUGGAAGAGACCGUGUGAAUUACAGAGCCACUGUUGCCCAGCCAUUUAAUUACACUUUGAGGCAACUGGAGGUUCAUUCCCUGUCAGAAAGAAGAGCCAGAAAGUACAACCACCAGCUGCAGCUAAUGUGGAAUGGUGGGCAGCCUACUGACAUCCAGCUGACCCUGGAGGAUAAAUCAAGGACAAACAUCACUGCCUGGGAUGGGUGUGUGUCAGGCUCUUCAGGACAGCUUCAGGGAGUAUUAAGUAUAGAACACCUUCAUGCAUGUGGGUCUCUAGAGCAAACAUCAGCAUCAUUUAAGGAAUAUCUAGAUCUGAACUGGGAUGACAAAAAGUUCAAACACAAUUUAACUUAUGAGAGAAAUCGAUUCCUAUAUACUGAUAAAUUUCAGUUAGAAGCUGUUAUGGAAAAUAUUUUCCUGACCUCAUGCACCAAACAGAAUAUUCUGGGUAAAAUAGAAACAAACUAUUCAUCUUGCCUGGACUAUUACAUGAGCUUUGAGUUCUGCGACAUUCCAAAUGUAAUUGUUUUCUCUGGAAAACACCAGCUCAACAAAGGAGACAUCAUUUUGCAAUCAGAGAGCAGAUUCCAUUUUUCUGAUCAUGGGAGAGAUGAGGGAUUGAUUGGAGUAUCCUUAAAAAAUCAGACCACAGCUGAUGUGAAAAACUAUUCUCUGGAAAUUGAAGUGAGUUUUUAUCUUAUUUUAUUGGUAGUGGAUUUGCAGGGGUUUUGUUUCCUAAAGACCUACUGCCAUCUAUCUUCCAAAGUGCUCAGGUGCAGCCAGUGGCUUGUAAAACAGCAGGAAAGUACAGGCAAUAUAAAGUAUUUAAAAGGCUCUGAAGACACUUGGCUAGGCCUGACAGGAACUGCUACUUCCUCAGCUGUUCAGAGCCGAAUCCUGGUGGAGGGGAUUAUUGAUCAAAAAGAGAAAGUAAAAGUAGCUGCGUCUAAAGGAAAGGAGUGUUUGCAGUACUACAUGGGGUAUUUGAAAGGGGAUCUGGAAGAAGGAAUGGAAGUCAGUGCUUGUACUGAUGGGCAACAGAUGGCUGCCAUUAAUAGCUAUCUCAACAUUAAUGGUGAAAGGCAAGAAAACAUGGGACAAAUUACUCUAACAGCUGUUAAUGAAAGCUUAAAUUUUCUGGCUCAUGGAUGUGGGGAUCUAAUUCUUAAGGCUGAGGACAAAAUUAAUGAAAUUGGGAGUAUUCUCAAAGCCAGACUGAUUGAGAAGAUAAAGAAGCUUGAUGGAUAUAUCUGGAGACUCAGGAGAUCAGUGCAGCAAAUUGAUUUUCUGUCUGAAGCAGCUGGUUGGCCUUCAAUAGCCUCACAAAAGAUAGCAGGAUUCCUCCACGGUGUUGGUAGAGCUUUCACCCAAGUGUGGAAGCAAAGUGGAAUCAAGCAGAUACUAAGAAGCAAGCUCCCACUUUACCUGAAUAAAAUUCAAGAUGCUGUCCAGCAAAUGCAGACGGAAUUGCAAAACCCAUUAGCAACUUUGAAAGAUGCCUACUAUGAUGUAACCUUGAAGCCACUGGAUGAAGUUUGGCAGGAGAAGACAGAAGAGUACAUGAAAAAAGUCCAGGCAUUUUUGCCCAGGAUUAUAAAAGAUGUUUGGCUAAUGGAGCCAAUCCAGAUGGCAUUAAGGACUGUUAAAACAGGCUUGGAUAUGACCACACAGCAGAUGCUCAGGUGGGCAGAGGCCAUGGUUUCUAGAGCUGUGAGCAAGAUUCGGAAGCCCUUACUCAACCUUUACAGUUUUUCAGCCAGGAACUGUUCAGUGGCAGUGAAACUGCCAGUACUUCCUAAAGCAUACUGCUCCCUGGAUCUGGCAAAUAUUACUAAUUAUCUCAUUGAAGAAAAGCUAAUGAGGCCUCUCAAAGAUCUCUACAACAUCAACAUGGUUGCAGAGUAUUACAGAUUCAAACGAAGGAUGAUGGAGAGUCCCUUUGAACAUCAUGCUAUGUUAAUAGGUAACAGGCACCUUAUGACUUUUGAUGGAAAAAUUUAUGAUUUGGCAACAAAAUGCAGUGUGCUUCUUGCCAAGGAUUUUCUUCACAAUACUUUCACUAUAAUACUAAAUGAGGAAAUCGGUGAUUCACGAUCACUGUAUGUGGAGAUGAACCAGAGAGUGAUCAAUAUCUAUCCAAGACUGAAGAUGUCUAAGGUAUCUGUGGUAGAGAACUGCCAAGGACUGGAUCAAUCCCUUGAAAAGAAUACCACUGAUACAAGGAAAGAAACCAACAAAAUGGAAAUAUCUGAUCACAAAGGAGUUUCUGUCUCUUGUGACUUUCAGUAUGAUCUCUGUACUGUCACUCUGGCUGGAUGGCACCAUGGUAUUUCAGCUGGACUUUUUGGUACCAAUGAUAACGAAGCUGGAAAUGAAUGGAUACUUCCUAAUCAUUCCUUCACUGAUAAUGUGCAAGAAUUCACACAGAGCUGGCAGGUGAGCAAGUGCAGUCUCACACAGAAGAAUGUGAAGCCAUGUCCAAUUACAGAUAAGGAAAAAGUCUGUAAGGAGUUUUUUGAAGAAGCACAUUCUUGUCUCAGGAACUGCUUCAAAGUUGUGGACCCCAAACCAUUCUACAUCAUGUGUAUAUAUGACACAUGUGAAUCAAAGAAGUUGAAGGCUGCCUGCAGUUUAGCAGCAGCUUUUGUUCAUUUGUGCCACAGAAAUUUUGUUCCUGUGGAAAUUCCUCCUCAGUGCUUGAGCCUUUUUUGAAUGGUAGAUACCAGCCCUGAAGAUGGAAGAACCCCUUCAGCAUCCAAAAUAAAGUAGCUAUUUGGAUAGCAAUGCUAGGGAAAACAAGGGGUGUUAAUGAGAUAGUGUUAUGAUGAUAAAUAUAAUAAAGCAUAAAUAAAAUAGAAAGCAUAAUAGGGCAUAUAGUAUAAAGGAAAGUCUUUCACCCAGAAACACCUGAGGCCAGAGUAAUCACUUCAGUACAAUGACAAGAAACUAUAAUAAAUCAGAAGGUAUUGGAUAUGAGAAUAUCAGUUACUUAAAAAUAAAAAAAAUCUUCCAGCAGGUAACAGAAUUAUUUCCUCAGAAGCCUUGACCCAUAGCAUGAAUAAAUUUAAAAGAUGACAAAAGAUCUUUUCCAGUUCAGAUUAGUACAAAUAGGCUACUUUGUGAAAGCAGUGUAUGAGCUUUGAACCUGUGCAGAGAUGCUGACAACUUUUUCUCCAGAACUGAAACUCAACUGUUCAAUACGUUCUGGAGAAAUUAACCUUUUUCCAGGGAAGUGCCCCACCACACAUGAGGUUUAAGACAAAAAUAAGAUGGCUAAAAAGAUACAAAGGAAAGCACUUAUCAUUUUCAUGCUGGCUGAUUUUUCCCUUAUCAAUGUACUCAUUGUUAAAAGUGAAGAAGCCUUCUUGGUAUCUGCUCACCAGUUUCACGUUCUCCCUUCGUGUCUUUAGGAGUCCCUUCUUGGAAGUUAGUUUACAUGUUGGGAAAAGCUCUGGUAUUCAUAAAGUAGUCUUAAAGUGUUAUAGAUACUGUUGUGUAAAAGUAUCUCAACUGUUGAAUUAUUUUCUAUAUUGCAAGUCUAUUGAUUAAAAAAUGCCUAACAGAGAGGCAUACAUUUCCCUACACAGUACCAGGAAUGUAAUUAUUUAGUGAAAGGUAACAUUACAAAAUCCUUCAGCUGUCUUUGCAUAAGAACAUACUAACAUCAAAAUAACAGUGUUCUUAACUAUGAAAUGUUGAUAAAUAGUUGACUUCCUCAUUUUUAUGCUUCCACAAUUUUUAUUGAUUAUUCAUAAGAAUAACGUUGUACUGAAGAACAGUUAGAACUGGCUGAGUUUAAAUGGUUCCUGUAGUUGUUCACAGAGACAAAAACAGCAGCUGGCCUCACUUACCUUGGCUUUGGAAUGCAGUAAAUUGUUUAGUAUCAUCAUCACAUAGUCUCAAAGCUGCAAUCUGGAAUUCACCUACAUGUGCACAUAGCAAUUGCAUAGCUGGCUGAAGGUAACUGACAAGGAUCAGAAGCGAUAAAAGCAUUAAUAAGCCUUUAAAACACAAAGUCCUUUACUCUUUCUCAAAUUAGGCUGCUCGAAGUUGUUUUUCACAUGCAUAGCAUGCGCAGAAUCUUCCACUGCUUACUAGGAGCAACACUUCCUUUUGAGUACAACUAGUCCAGCCACUUAGAUGGGUGCUUUAAUAAUGUUAUCAGCUGGAGUUACAUACAAGAUGUUGCAAAGGGUACUGAAAUCCAGAAGGAGCAGGUGCAUUCACUAAGAUUGAUAAAGAAUUAAUUCACAGUGUAAGAAAAAAAAAAACCCUCCACAGAAUCGCUCACCAUCUCGCAGUGUUUUUUUUUCAGCUGGGGAAGCAUCUGUUGCAGCAAGGCCCUGUUGGCACAGGGAACUCCUAGAUGCUCCUUGCAAACACGUGCACUUCUGCAACUCUUGCAGCUCUUGCUGCAAAAGACCUUGCUUCACUCACUGAUACUAGCUUUACUUUUUCCCCUGAGAAAAAUCCCAGCCUGUUAGCCCCGUCUCUCAUUCUGAACACUGCUGUACACAAAUGCCACUCCUGGAAGAGUGGCACUGCUGUGGCACAUAAGGCUACAUGUAGCAUACCACAGGUGAUUAAAAACUCAUUUAAACACCAAUAAACAUUUUAAACUACAAACAUCGCACUCAGAAAGUGCUAGGUGUCGCUGAGCUGUUCCCCGCA